AUGAACGAGCUGUUUGAGGAUUUCGCAAAGGCCCGCCAGGCACGUAACGGCUAUGAGCUUGCACAGACUCUCUCUCCAGUACCACCUACAAACAAACCCCACAGACUGAUCCGCGUCUCGCAGUCGACGAAUUCCCACAGUGUGAAAGGUGACAUUAAACAUUACAUCAAGACGAGCGUGUCACAUCGCGGCAAGCUGAGUCAAGAUGCGUUGACGGGCUGGGUUGAAGUGUAUGCUGCAUACUGGAAGGCAAUUGAAGAGAUUCUUGCAGGCGAACAUGGCAAAAGUUCUUGGAACAAAGUGUAUGAGGCAUGGAAGGAUCUGACCUCAAUGCUUGUUCGCGGCUACAACAACUUUGGGUUCGAGGCUUGGACGAUACCAAGCCUCUACAUGGUGGGCAAAUAUCUUCGGCUUUUCGCCAUCAAGGCCGAUGCAGAGCCCAAACGCCGGACUCCUGCUCACCAGGGCUUCAUGCUCAUCGGAGAUGACUUUGACCCAGACGCAGAGAAACAAUCACAAUUGCGCGAUGCAGAGCAGCACCUCAAGCGCAUCUUUAGCUUAUGUCUCACGGAUCGUGCGCCCCUCGAGGAAUCUCGCAAGUGGGGAAUCUACUUUGUCGUCAACCUUCUCUUCAAGACAUAUUUCAAGCUUGGAUCGGCUUCCAUGUCCAAAACCAUCCUCACAAGUCUGGCGGCUUACGAGCAACGAGGCGACCUGCCGCCGCUGGCGUCAUUCCCCAAGUCCCAAAGGGUUACCUUUAGGUACUACGAAGGUGUCCUGUUCUUUCUAGAAGAGAACUACGCAAAUCUGCUGGCCCCCUUUCCUAGACUGCAAAAGCUCUUUGGCCCCUUGACCCGAUACAUUCGACAAGGUGACUUGCGCAGCUUUGACCAGGAGCUACAAAAAGGAGAGGAAGAGUUCGUGCGGCAUCGUAUCUACCUCACACUAGAGCGUGGGCGUGAUGUCGCCAUGCGCAACCUACUCCGGAAAGUGUUCAUCGCCGGCGGGUUCGAGGAGUCUGCGGACGCCAGUGCGCCUCCUCAGCGCCGCACGCGCAUACCUCUGGAUGAGUUCCAGGCCGCCAUAAGUAUGGGCAGUGGCGCCCAGACAACGGAUCCAGAUGAGGUGGAGUGCUUUCUGGCCAACCAAAUCUACAAGGCAAGUCGCAUCUCUUCACGACUCACUACGUGCGCAGCCUCGGGAGCCUUGGACUGUCUCAAAACAAGGAUGCCCUUGCCUUGCAAUGCUGCGCACUUUGCAUAG